AUGUUUGGUUCAAAGAGAACUCCUUUGAGAGAGGCUAAACCUAGCUCUGUUGGUCCUGUCCGUAACCCCUUUGAUUCUGAUGAAGAGUCAAAAGAUAAAAAACAUAAUGCCUCUAACAAGACUUUAACCAACACCAACCCCUUUGAUGAUGAUGUUGAGGUCAGGAGUCACUCUUCAUCAUCUUCCUAUGGCCUUUCGUCUGCCCAUCGGAAUAGGUAUAAGAACGAUUUCCGCGACUCCGGAGGGUUGGAGAGUCAAUCUGUGCAGGAAUUGGAGAACUAUGCUGCUUACAAGGCUGAAGAGACCACAAAAUCAGUGAACGGUUGUUUGAAGAUAGCUGAGGAAAUGAGAGAGGAUGCUACCAAAACUCUGGUGAUGCUGCACCAACAGGGGGAGCAGAUUACAAGGAGCCACCAUGUUGCUGCUGAUAUUGAUCAUGAUCUGAGUCGGGGAGAAAAGCUUUUGGGAAGUCUUGGCGGCAUGUUUUCUAAAACAUGGAAACCAAAGAAGACAGGCGCCAUAACCGGGCCAGUUGUUUUUGGAGGGGAUCCUGUGAGAAGAAAGGGCAACCACUUGGAGCAAAGAGAGAAGUUAGGAUUGAGUUCUGCCCCUAAAGGACAGUCGAAGUCACGGGCAACACUUCCUGAGUCAACAAAUGCACUUGAAAAAGUUGAGUUUGAAAAGGGUAAGCAAGAUGAUGGACUGUCAGAUUUAAGUGAUCUCUUGGGAGAACUGAAAGACAUGGCCAUUGACAUGGGAUCUGAACUUGACAAGCAAAAGGAUGCCUUGGAUGGUUUCGACAAUGACAUGGAGAAGUUGACCAUCCGUGUGAAUGGUGCUAAUCAACGUGGUCGUCGUUUGCUUGGGAAAUAG